GUGAAAACAGCAAUGCCAGCGAAGACGAAUCGGCUCGCGUAUAAAAUCAAAUAUUCUCUCGCCGGCGGUCAUUUCCAGUUUCAUUCGGCGGCGAAGAAAGCGGGAAAGGGAAGGGAAGGCGGGAUUAGAAGAGAAGAGCAGGCGAGGAGUUUACAGGAUUUAAAGGAAGAGGAGACAGGUGACAACAAUUAUGGAUGAAGAAGCGCAUCCAGGUUCUGGAGUUGGAGAGGAGAGGCUUUCAGAAAUUAAGGUUGAUGACAAUGUGCAAGAAAUUUUAAUCAAUGGUGAUGGGAACUCACAAGGGCAAGAAGGAAAUAAACAGUAUGAAAAAGGUAUCCCACAUUCUACUAAUGAAAACUUGCACAAUUCAAGCAAUGAUCUGUUUGAAGCGCAAGAUAAGAUCAGAGUACUUGAGCUCCAACUUCAAGAAGUCAAUGAAGAGUUAAAAAAUUUUGAUUCUGAUAGAACGAAGUUAAAAUCGGAGCUUGAUCUAGCUAUUGAGAAACUAAAGCUAAGUACCAGACAGCAUGAAGAGCUUCAACUUGAGCAUAACAGGAUGAGAGAGGAGAUGUCAGAUGAAGACCAAAAGCAUAAUUUGCAGGCUGUAUCACUCCAGGAAGCAUUGAAAGAUCUAGAUGGAAAGCAUAAGGAGGUUGCUGAGACGAAGGAAGCAUUAGAUGGCUUGACUGCUGAGCUGGAGAGCUCAAAAAAGAAGCUAGAGGAGCUUGCAUUGCAGCUGGAGGAGACGGUAAGUCAGGCACGCAAAUUUGAAGAACAAAGUAUUCAAAACAGCUCACAUGCAGAGUUGCAGUCACAAAGGGCUUUAGAGCUUGAGAAGAUGAUGGAAACUGCAAAGUUAGCUUCAAACGAGAUGGAACAUCAUGUGAAUAAACUGCAAGAAGAGUUGAAAGUGGUAAACCAUAGGUUGGAGGAGAGUAACCAAGUGGAGGAAAUACUUUCUGCCACAAAGAUGGAACUUGCUGAAUCUUUGGAAAAGUUGGAUGUUUCAAAGUCACAUGUCGGAGAACUUGAACAGGAACUUUCUUCCAAGGAGACUUACAUCAGCAAACUCUCUCAGGAAUUGGAUCUUUAUAAGAAUUCUGAAGACCAGAUGAAGCAAGAAAAACUAGAAUUUGAAAGCAUUCUUUCUUCUUUGAAAGAAGAACUCCAAGCUAAAGCUGUGGCACUUGAAGAAGUUAAAUUGAAACUUGAUCAGGAGAUUAAGGCUAGGGAAACAGUUGAAAAUAGGUUUCAGAGCCAAGAAAUACAAAUUCUGGGUUUACAGGAACAACUUGACAAUCUAAAAGGUGACAAGGAAACUCUUCAAAGCAAGCUGGCGGACAUCAGCACAUCUGAAAGUGAACUCAAAGCACGGUUAAUGGAAACAGAGGCUCAAUUAAUUUCUGCUGAGAAGCGAAACUUAGAUCUUGAGCAGCAAAUAUCGCUUGUUGAACAAAAAUUUGCAGAUACAGAGAGAGAGAUGAAAGAACUCAGUGAGAAAAGCAAAGAACUUACUGCUUUGUUAGGAGAAGCUGAAGAGAAUCACGCUCAAUCAAAAUGCCAUGUUCAAGCACAUGAAGAUAGGAUUAACCAGCUAGAGUCAUCUUUGAACUGCUCUUAUACCAAGAAGUCCGAACUUGAAGAAGAGCUGACAAAACUGGUUGAGAAGUGUGCAGUGCUAGAAGAGCAACUUAGUGUUUCGCAUCAGCAUAGUCUUGAUCUGCGUGAUUUUCUUCAUGUGUCUGAAUCGAAAGUAGAGAAUAAUGAAAAGAAAGUAACAGAGUUGGAGUUACUCAUGGAAGCUGCCAAUCAUGAAAAACAGGAAGUGGAGCAGCAUUUGAAAUUCACAGAGGGAAAAUGUAAAGAUGCUGAAGUGCAGUUGGAGCAGCAAGCUAGGAGAGUGCUUGAGCUUUCUACAGAAUUACAGGAACUGAAGGAAAGUUCACAACGCCUUGUAGUUGAUCUGCAAUCUGCAAAUGACAAGGAGAAGGAAUUGAUAGAAAUGCUGAAUGUUGUCACUGAAGAAAGGAAGAAGCAUGAAGACUUGUCAAAUAGCUCUGCUGGAAAGCUUUCACAGGCUGAAAAGUUAAUUGAGGAUUUACAAACUGACCUGAAAUACACUCAAGAGAAAUUGGGAGCUGUAGAAAGGGACCUCGAGAUUUCUGUCUUGAGAGAGAAUGAAUUGGCGGAGAAGCUAAAGUCUACUGAAGAACAGCUGGAACAUGAAAGAAAGUCGGUUGAGCAAUCUAUUACAAGGUACUCGGAGCUUGAAUCAUUACAUGAUUCUUUAGUCAAGGAUUCUGAACGAAAACUUGAAGUAGCAGCAGCAAGUUUUUCUGAAAAAGAUUCAGAAGCUAAACAGCUAUAUCUUAAAUUAAACUCUCUUGAGGAGCAGUCAGCUUUCUAUCAAGAGCAAGUCAUGGAAACAACUGAGAAACUUGCAUCCUUAAUGAUAGACCUGGAGGAAAGUGCUGCAAGAUUGACCACCCAUGAGACAAUGGUUGAGGAACUCACUGGAAAAUUAUCUGGCAGUGAAACAAAGGCUGAACAGUCAUUUGCUGAGAGUGAAAGGUUCAAAAAAGAGCUGGAAGAAAGCCAAUCAAAAAUAAAGGAGCUGUAUGAUUCAUUGAGCUCCAUUCAUGCUGAAAAGGAGGCAAUGGAUAGCCAACUGCUUAGCUAUUUGCAAAAUAUAACAGACUUGACCAAUGAUCGUUCGAAAAGUUCAGAAUACCAGUCUCAAAUGGAAGCCUCAAUUAAAGAAACUGAAGUAAAGUUGUGUGAAGCUCUUGAGAGAUGUGCAAAAAAAGAUUCUGAAGCUAAAGAACUAAAUGAGAGAUUGCUUGCAUUUGAAACCCAGCUUAAAACUCAUGAAGAACAUGCAAAUGAAGCGGCUUCUUUUGCUGAAAAUUCUAAGGCUGAACUGGAGGACGCCAUUUUGAAAAUACAGAACCUGGAAAGAUCCGUUGAGGAAACGAAAAGUAAAGCUAGUCAUUUUGAGAACGAGCAUGAACUUUUAGGUCAAACAAACUUAAGUUUGUCCCAAAAGAUAGCAGAAUAUGAAACUAAAGUGCACGAGUUAGAAGGUAUGUUGAAAACCAUUACUGCAGAGAGAGAAGAUGCAUCCGUGCAACUUCAGUCUUCAAAUAAAGAAAUUGAGGAUCUUUCUCAACAGCUGUUCUCCGAGAGAGAGAAACUCCAAUCUCAGAUUUCUUCUGUUUUGGACGAGAAUAAUAGAACUAAUAAAAUGUAUCAAGAUGCAAAGGAGGAGAUCGAACAACUAAAAGUCCAGCUUCAAGAAAUGCAAAACGUUCAUAAGAUAACUGAAUCCUCCCUCAAUGCUGACCUGGAAAGUCUAAAAGCAGAGUUAUCUCAGAAAUCUCAGCUACAAACUAUAAUUUCUAAACUUGAGCAGCAAUUGUCAGUGGUUGAUACCAAACACAAGGAAGAGAUUUCUUUUAUUUUGGAUGAGAGUAAUAGGAAUAAUAAAAUGUAUCAAGAUGCAAAGGAUGAGGUUGAAGCAGUAAAAGUUAAAUUUCAAGAAAUGCACAAUGUUUAUAAGACAACAGAAUCCUCCCUCAAUGCUGAACUGGAAAAUCUAAAAGAGCAGUUAUCUCAGAAAUCUCAGCUACAAGCAGUAAUUUCUGAUCUGGAGCAGCAAAUAUCAGCAGCUGAUACAAAGCAUACGGAAGAGAUUAAAAAUAUGAGGCAAGCAGCUGCUGAGAAGGAUGCAUUACUGGCUUCUAAAGCACAAGAGCAUGCAAGUUUAGCACAAAAAGGAGAUGUUUUGACCCAGCAGUUGGAUAAUCUCCGAAAGGACUAUGAUAGCCUCAUACAGGAGCAGAAAGAAACCGUCUUGAGGAUGCAGCAGGACAGAGAGUAUGUCGUUGUAAGCUCCCAUGAUGAGUUGGAAACUGAGCAACAGCGUGCGUCACUGCUCGAAAAGCAAAUUGACGAACUUAAACAGAAAUUGGAAACGGCUCAGACACAGAACAAGAAGGUUGAUGAUGGGAUUACUGAAGAUAACUUAGAAGGAGUAGAAUCAAAAUCCCGAGAUUUUGAAUUAACGACAAAAUUGCCAUCAAAAAGGAAGAACAGAAAGAAAAGUGGGGAGCUGACUGGUGAGAAAUCUUCUCCAAGUUCUAGUGGGGCUUCUAUCAUGGAGAAUUCUGGGAUAAAUUCCUUGAAGUUCUUCUCAGGAGUUGUUGUUGUGUCUCUCUUCAUUGGUGUCUAUCUUGGGAAGAGAUACUAGUAGAAUUUUGGCUUGUUCUCUCUUUUCUCUUCUUCCUUUUAAGAAUGAAUCAUCAUUGUGGAAUAAUGAUGAUGAUGCCUGUGCUGGUUCCUGCUUAGAGUUAGGUCUGGGAAUAUGUUUUAUUCUUCCCAAUUCUUAAUGCAUGCAGAGGCUACCGCAUGCUUUAAGGGUGCUUGUUCUUUCGUCCAAGUUUCAUUACGAUUUGUGUCAAUAGUGAGCAGCAAGCAGUGUUAUUAAAGAAUAAGUCUUUUGAGAGUUCUUUGCAGUCUGUAGUAAGAUUCAUGUAUUAAUUUUGUUCUGUGAUAUUGUGUAUGGUUUCAUGAUUUGUUGAUCA